UUCUUUUUGACAGCCAAUAACAUUUUCAGUUGCGCAAUACGGCACGGCAAGUGUGUUUUUCAGCGUUUGUCGGUUAAAACGCGACGAUUUAUGCAUAUCCUAAGUUACCCACAUUAUCAAUCUAAUCAUAAACGCCAUCAUCAGACGAGAAUCUGCAAAAAUAAAGCAUUUGUCGGCGAUUUUCCGUGUUGUGGACACAUUUGACGCCGCAUGACAGCCGCGUUCGGGCAUACACGAGCGGCGACUUCGGGAGUUUUUACGCGGCCCGCUCGAUGCGAACACGCACACCAUCACAGCACACACAUUAUACGUACACGCGGUCGUCGUCGCACACCAAACACCACGCCGGGAUGCAUGCCGCGCCGCGCGCGUCGAGCCAGCGACAACAAGCAUCGACGGCGCGGUGGGCGCCCACUUCGCGCUCGCACCGAAUUCAGCUGAUCGACGUUGCGGGCUCGUAGAGUCCGCGUUGCUUUGUUUCGUGGCAUAAACAAAUCGUAUCGUUACCGCAUAUCAACAGAUAAUCGCCGAAAACAAACACAGUGUGAAACUUCCACCCGGCGUGCACCUCAUUGACAAAAGCGCAUAAAUCGCGAGUGAUAACAGUUUGAUGCGAUCCAGCGUGUUUCGGAUGCAUUUUCAUCGUCAUCUUCCAUUGGGGUAGCGAAGUUUGUAAGCAUGUGAGGUCACGUUGGUUCUGUGAUCGCACGUGCACGACGCAACAGUAUUAUCGCGACGAUUCAGUGCAAUUUCUCCAAACAAAAAAAAAAGUAAAAGACUUUGAUGCAACAUGAACGGCUUCAGUGCCGGUGAAGAAGACUCGCAGGGUCCGUCGGACCACACCUGCUGCUUGAUCGAGACCGGCGUGCGGUGCACGCGGCCGGCCGGUAAUGCCGCAUACAGCAACAAAAUCGGCAAGUUUGUCCUGCAACGACGAAUGCCACUGAAACCUGACACUACAGCUAAACAUUUUUACAUUUGUGAAGACCACAAGCGACACAUUCAUCAAGCACGUUGCAAACGACGACGGAAAGACUCCGAGGAUGAUAGCAAUGAGACUGAUACUGAUAUACCUGAAGUAGACUUGUAUCAGCUCCAGGUGAACACUCUGAGAAGAUACAAGCGACAUUUUAAAGUCUCGACGCGGCCCGGACUUAAUAAAGCACAAAUGGUUGAGACGUUAAUGGAGCACUUCAAAUCAAUACAAGUGAAGGAAAAGGAGGUCCUGACAUUCUUCAUCUACACUGUGAAGACAAACAACAAUAAACUCGACCAGAAGAAUGGUCUGAGCGGCGAGAAUACGUAAACUUAACUUCACGCUAGUUUUCUACCGUUUUUUUUACGUAAGAGAACCCUUAAAAUAUCAAAUUAAUUUAUUGCGGAUUGUAAUCCGUCGAAUUUACAAUUUUUCAAUGCUUAAUUUGUUGAAAUAUCAAUUAAUUUUUUAAUUGAAUCGUUUUACUUCAUGAUUUACUUCUGCUUAUAUUUUUAUGUGUUGAUAUUCAAUGAAAAUGACUGCAAUGAUGUUUUGAAAUUCAAGAGUGUAUACCAACUGACGAACAAAUGAUUACUUAUUUUCCAUAACAUAACGCCGAGUAUUUUCCGCAAAUAUAUUAUGUAAAUAUAUA